AUGGCACUCCAUCUGAGUUCAUCAGUGCGCAUCAAGGAAGCCAUGGCCACAGACACAGCUUCUAAGCAGGCCAAUCCUCUUGGCAAAAAGGUCAUUCAUGCUGACAUUCAGGUGACGGGAAUUGAAGACGCUCCUCAAGCUGGUGAGGAGUCUCCUUCGACAGAUAGAUCGUUCGAACCGAGUAGUACAAGUCCUGAAGAUGACGCCGACAAGCAGCGCGCCGACAAUAUGCGGGUAUGGUGGGACGAGGCCAUUGCCAAAAACAUGGCCCUUUCCGAGGGCUACUCCCAUGUCUCUGUUCUCAUCAUCAAAUGGGACGACGAGCUUGACGAGCUCAAGACAAAGGCAGAGGCACAAGAGCUCGAGGCUGUAUUUCGCGAUCGAUUUCGAUAUCACACCGAGACCGUUGAGCUGAACAUGAAGGGGAAGCCGCAACUGCAGCUCAAGAGCCGUGUCAGCACAUUCAUCGAGGAGCAUGACGGGCCCAACCAUCUUCUCAUUGUAUACUACACCGGACAUGGCGUAUAUCGUGAAAAAGAGAAAUACCUGCAGCUAGCUGCUUGUGUGAAUCCUGUCGAAGGAAAGGGAUUCCAAAAAGAUGCGCAUGCGAACUGGGAUAAGGUGGAGAAGAUCCUGAAAUCAGACGAUAAUGACGCCGACGUCUUAACUAUACUGGACACUUGCUACGCUAGCAACAUAACAAAAUCGGCGAAGCAAUCGACAAGGAAGUUCGAGCUGCUCAGUGCGUGCCCGAUCGACCAAGUGACUGCAGCUCCUGGUCCGUGGUCGUUUACUCGAGCAUUGAUUGACAAUCUGAAAGAACUCGCAGAAGGAUACGGUGACAAGCCAUUCUCUACCUUUCAUCUGAAUCAGCGCAUAUGCAUGGACAAGCGGCGUCUCGACACACCGUCGCACCUCUGGUAUAGAUUGCCCAACGACCAGCACAUCCUGCUUGCGCCAUUGAAAACAAAGCCAGAGCACGCUCAACGAAAGCCCGAGUUUGUCCGCGCACCUCGAGGGUACUUGACACUGCAGUUUGCGCUCAGAGAUGACACGCUGAACCAAGUACAAAUCGAGUAUCUGACGAAGAAUCUGUCAAGAGCAUUCGAGAACAAGCCCUUGAUCGGGCUGAGGAGAGUGGACUGGCUCGGCAUCCGGCCUACAAAGAUUACAUCGUUCUUCAACCGGACCACCCUUGCUGUCUAUGCGAUUACACAGUGGAAACGGUUUUUACACAAGAAGCAGGAGGAGAGACAGUCACGAAGGAUGAUGGAAGAGGCCACGACGCCGACGGACUCUGUGUUGUCUGCGACGACACGCAAGCGCUCAGGCGAUGUGCUUGAAGACCCCCCGGCUACCAAGCGGCGAACCACCGACACUUCGCAGCCCCCUUUAUCGCCAGUGUCAAACUCGUCGCGCAGUCAUGAAGAUUUUUAA